AUGAUCGCCGCCACCUCCCUCAGCUCCCGCGUUACCCUCAACCUCCCCGUGCGCGCGCGCGCCGUCUCCACCCGCGCCGCCCGCGCGGCCGUGGUUCGCGUCGCCGCCGACGGCGAGGAGUCCUCCGGGUACAAGUCCAUGAACGUCACCAAGCCCAACAUCGUCAACAACCUUGACGGCGAGACCACGCGUAACAUCGACGGCAAGGUGUACACCAUCACCGUCAAGGGCGAUGAGGUCACCGUCAAGGACAAGUUCGGCCAGGUGUUCCCCGCGCGCGUCAACAAGUCCGCCAUCAUCGAGGCGGACCUCUCCAACUCCGUCGCGGGCGCCAACACCAUGUCCAUCGGCGGCAUGAACUUCGCGCUCACCCCCGACCAGGUGACCGGCUUCCAGCAGCGCACCGAGACCAUCAACGGCCGCGCCGCCAUGGUGGGGUUCGUCGCCGCCAUGGGCGCCGAGCUCACCGGCCACUCCGUCGCCGAGCAGGUCUUCUCCCCCGGCGGCUUCCUCGCUGCCGCUUUCAUCGGCGCCGCCACCGUCGCCGCCUCCGUCGCCCCCGUCGCCCUCAACAAGGUGACUAUCGACGAGUGCUUCCCCAGCGAGCAGGCCUCCUACCCCGACGAGCUCCUCCCCACCGUCUGGACCCCCAUCGCCGAGAAGAUCAACGGUCGCGUCGCCAUGGUGGCCUUCACCCUCAUGCUCAUCCUCGGCCAGUAA